AUGCAUGCAUUUAAAAAAGAAAAAUCCAACACAGGUCAUUGUCAAGAGCACAUCUCCCUCCGAAAUGUAGUAUACAAGUAUGUAUGCAAGUAUGACGUACUAUAAAGUGCAAGUACAGUGAAGAACGCACGUGUGUGUGCGUGUGUGAUAAUACCCUACAACUGACUGACUAUUGGUAGCUGUUAUGUUGGGGUGUUAUACACUCGCUCGCCGGCAGGGGUCGCUCCAACACAACGAACAGGCUGAACCUAAAAGUGAACGCAAACAACGCAGCCGUUCCCCAGUAAGCUCGGCGCGGCUGUGCGGGAACAACACGGUGCUGUCCCCCGGUGCGAGGACGACCAGCAGUAUGGAGUUCAUCACAGACAUCAGUGUCAUCGUCCAUGAAGAGUAUUUCAAAGACCCUGUGAGAUUAGAGAAGAUUCUUAAAUCGUACAGUUCAGAGAAGAAAACAUCCGGCUACACGGUGAGAGGAACCUUUGAGGAACUGGAGAACCUCUCGACCAGACUGUCAGAGGUGAUGGAUCGUGCCGAUCCUGGUGCGCGUAGACAAACCCGCCCGCAAGUGGAACACGCUUCGCCUCACGUCAAACCUGUGGAUGUAUCCGGGUUUGUCAUGGCCUACAUUCAGAAAACACAAGCAGAAAAACUUGAGAAAAUUCAAGGGAGCAAUUUUUCCAUUGAAACACAGCAUGAGCCUGGAACAGGGCACCACGACUCCAGGAGCACGGCGCGGGUGAUUUUCCGAUCCUGCAACGCCUCCUCGCUCCCUGUACACGCUGACUUAGUCAGGCAGCGAUUCGUCACAUUCUACCAGAGAACUGCGUCCGACCUGCAGCUGGUGUCCUUCCCGGCUAGUCCGCAGCACAACCACAAAGACCUGUGGAAGAGAUUUCCGGACCUCCUUUUUGAACACGACCGCAACGGAGGCGAAUUAACAGUGACGGGGCCCUUUGUGCACGUUGCUAAAUUGAAAGAGUUCCUUUCGCAAAGUACGCCAAGCUCGAGCAAGAGUCCGGUGGACGGAGCUCCAGCAAACACUCCAAGCAGCGGGACCUCGUCAUCUGUGUGCGGCAAGGGCCCCGAAGAGGACCUGUGUCCAAUCUGCAUAGAGCCAAUGGAAACCACAGAGAAAGAGACUCUGCGGUGCAAGCACUCGUUCUGCAAGAGCUGUCUGAAAAGAGCUUUUGACUACAAGCCCGUGUGCCCGACGUGCGGAGAGCUGUACGGCGCUCUGACAGGGACGCAACCCGAUGGAGGCCAAAUGGAGGUCAACACAAACGCUUCAUCUUUGCCGGGAUAUGAGAAAUACGGAACGAUAACGAUCUGUUAUUACAUUCCAAGUGGCAUCCAAAAGGAUGAGCAUCCAAGCCCCCGUCAGCCGUACGAAGGUACGUACCGUGUCGCCUAUCUCCCAGACUCCUCAGAGGGCAGGAGGACCCUGGCGCUGCUGAGGCGGGCCUUCGAUCAGAAACUCAUCUUCACGGUUGGUCAGUCCACCACCAGCGGCAGGAACAACAUGGUCACAUGGAACGAUAUUCACCACAAAACGUCAACACAUGGAGGACCAACUCGCUAUGGAUACCCAGAUGCCGAUUAUCUCAGCCGAGUUCAAGAUGAACUGAAAGCCAAGGGAAUUGAAUGAAGCGUCUCAAAAAACCAGGAGUGAUAAUUCAUGUAAUUUUAUGUAGCUUAAUAUAUUUGAAUAUAUCCCAUCAACCAUAGUUGACUUGUAUAAUUACUCCGGUUGUGUUAUUAUGGAUCAGUGUUUGCCAAUUGAUUUAGUUUCAUUCAUGUUUGGAAUUUUCUUGUUUGAACAAUGAUUUUUUAAACUAUAUUUGAACAUUC